AUGAAAGGGAAACGGGACAAGCGAUGUCUCGGUGCGCCGAUGGGGCCCAUCACUGGCGGCAGCGGCCCCUCGCGCAUGCGCCGGUCGAUGGAACACUCGGUCAGUGGGCCGGCGGAGUGUGGACCGACGGAAAACAAACACACUUCCGAAUCCAAAGGUAGACGGCAAGGCGCCGGUAGGCCAACGGAGCUGGUAACUUUCGCACCUGUGGAGCUCUCUCUCGAUGUGCACGGC